AUGUGGUUUCAAGACUAUGAGAAUUACGGCGUGAAGAUGAGGCGGUGGAUAGGGAGAAUGGCAGCCCUCAGCAUCCAGGGAAUCUACGCAGACUUCGUCGUCAUAACGAAUCUCCCACCAAGACCCACUACUACGUUCAAAAACGACGCAGAUAUGUCCAAAUGGUCAAGUGACUAUGAAAGCGCUAUCGCCGCUGCAUUGAUUUCAUAUGCUUCCGAAAAAGGUACCAGUUGGAUAGAAGCGCUCUCAUCAGCCGAGAGCGAGAUCGAUGGGUUUGCCCGUACCGCCACCUAUACCGACAUCCCGGAUGCUGUGACAAAUGAUGUCCUUCCUACCAUAUUCACGACCGUGCCGGAUUGGUACACUGAACUUCCAAAACAAGCAAAGGAGUUUCCGGACCAGUUUGCGAGUGACAUCGUGAGUAUACGGAAGGCUCUAGAAACGGGGAUAGCGACGGGAGGGGCACUAAUGCGGACGGUUGGCGUGGGUCUUGGGAUGGCUGCGGCCGCGGCUGCCGGCGCUGUUCUUUUGUAG